GAAUCAGUCGUGUGCGGCUAGCUAGUUUCGCCGUACCCGCUAUCCUUGGAUGUUGAACUCGCGGCCGCCCGAUCAAAAAAGAAUUUGUGAAACCGUGAAUUCGAGACGAAAUUUUUGUAUGUAGAUCGCAAUGAUGGUGAGUGGUGCAGGGUUCCGAUUUGGGAGCGGGCGCUCUUUCCCGGUGGCGUUCUGUGUUUUCUUCAGUAUUGUUGCAAUAAUAGAUGCUAAUCCUGUGAUAAUAGAUCUAGAAAACUUUAAUGACGACUGGGAUUACCAGGUCAAACCCGAUGAUUUGCCAAGACUGAACCAACCAGUAAAGAUCCACGAAUUACCACCAACAACACCUAUCAAGAGAUACGAACAUUACAUUCAGAGAAUCAAACCUAGAAAAGCCAAAAAGAAAAUAGUCACUGAUGUUAUAAGGUCACGAGUGUCUUGUGGAUCUUGUAAAAUUGGAGUGGGAUUAUUAUCUAGCGAAGUAAAGAAAGGUUCCACAUUUGACGCAAUAAAAAAUAAAUUCGUUUCAUUAUGCGUUGCAUUAAAUAUUGAAACCGGUCCAGUUUGUACUGGUAUUUUUGACACAUACGGACCUCAAGUAGUACCAGUACUAAAUGUUACACAUCUAGCACCACUGGAAAUAUGCAGUUUAGUGUUGGGCGAAGUGUGCGGAGACGUUGAAAUACAGGACCACGAGUGGACUGUGGAAUUUUCGGACGUUCCAAAGCCCAACUGGACGAUUCCCGCUGUUCCGAAGGCAGGAACUCCGACGUUUAAGGUUUUACAUCUUUCUGAUACGCACUUCGAUCCGGAGUAUGCACCAGGUUCGCCAUCUAAUUGUGAGGAACCUUUGUGUUGCAGGAGUUAUAGUACUCCAAGUAAAAAGGAAAAAAUGAUACCAGCAGGACGUUGGGGGGCUUACAGAUCGUGUGACUCGCCCGGUAUAAUAAUAGAGAACAUGCUGACGCACAUUGCAAAAGAACAUCCUGAUAUAGAUUACAUCAUAUGGACUGGAGAUUUGCCUCCACAUGACAUUUGGAAUCAAACUAAAGAAAGCAACUUAGAAAUUAUACAAACUAUGGCAGAAAUGAUGUCUGAAAUAUUUCCUAACACUCCCAUUUUUCCUGCCCUAGGUAAUCACGAAGCCAUACCAGCUGGAAGUUUUGCCCCUCCUUGGAUGAAGGAUGAUGACUUGGGUAUAUCUUGGUUGUACACUAAAGUGGCUGAAAACUGGAAAAAAUGGCUUCCCGAGUCCGCUGAAAAUACUGUAAUGCACGGAGGCUUCUUUUCGGUACUACUAAGACCAGGCUUCAGAUUGAUAUCUCUCAAUACGAACUACUGUCACUCACUUAGUUGGUGGCUGUUAGUAAAUAGUACAGACCCAGCACAGGAGCUAAAAUGGCUGGUGUAUCAGUUGCAAGAGGCUGAAAAUAACGACGAAAAAGUCCACAUCAUAGGUCACAUCCCGCCAGGAAGUUCCGACUGCAUGAAGACCUGGUCGGCGAACUUCAAUCGCAUCGUGAACCGCUACGAGAACAUCAUUACGGGCCAGUUCUACGGGCACAGUCACGCCGACGAAUUCGAAGUCUUCUACGACAUGCCUGAGAACAGUAGGGCCACCAAUGUUGCCUAUCUUGGUCCCUCGGUUACCACAUACGACAACUACAAUCCUGCCUACAGGAUUUAUUAUGUCGAUGGUGAUCAUAAUGCCACCACUAGGGAGGUAAUUGAUCACGAGACGUGGACGAUGGACUUGGAUCUUGCAAAUGAAGGAGACAACGAACCAAUUUGGUAUCGACUCUAUUCAGCUAAAAGUGCCUAUGGUUUUCCUUCAUUAAGACCAGCCUAUUGGUCAAAACUUAUUACUGAUAUGGUUGGAGAUGAAUACUUAUUCAACGACUUUUACAAGUUUUACUAUAGAGAUAGUCCGACAAGACCAAAAUGUAACGAACAAUGUAGAUUACAAAUACUAUGUGAUUUGAGAAGUGCAAAGUCUAAUAGUAGACGUGAACUUUGUCACGACCUUGAAGUAGAAUUUGGAGCUUUAUAUUAAAUUAUUUUUUAUUUAAUAA